GACACUCUGGUCAUCAUCGUCACAAUCCAAGUUGUCUCGUGCAAAGGACAAGGUCACCACUGCUAUUACAUCGCUUGGUACUCUCAACCGCGCCCGCAAUCCUCCGCCCAUGACAUUAUGGCCUAUUCCAGAUCGCAGCCAGCGCCUCGAAAAAAGCACUCAAUGCUUCUUCGUUGAUUUCCACACCUGACAUUGUCGCUCAAUUGAGCAGAUUUGGAGGACACCGCGACAUGGGCAAAAUUCAGUCAAUUCUACACACCGCUGUCAUCGUGGCAUUACUAGCCUCAACGAACGCCUCACUCAUCAAUGAACAUAACUCCAUCGGUACCGAGACGUCCGUCUCUUUACGUCCGAAUGAGCAUGUCUCGUUCUUCGGAGGCACCUAUGUAGGCCUUAUUCAGAGACGUACCACGACGAUCAGUCUACUUGAGAGUAAAUUCGGAGAGUUCACGAGCGCGUAUAAUCAGUAUAUCCACUCGGAGGACGGGAUGAGAGAAGUACGAGAAACCUUCAAUCACCUCGAGAAGGUCCCGAAUUUGGCAGAUUUUCCCACGGAAGCUGGACACGAGGAUAAGCCAUAUCGAAACUCGGUCGGCAUCUCAAAUCUCGGAGUACUCAAGUCUAUCAAUGACCUCGAAGAAGUUUGGUCCUGCCAUACGUGCACGCCUUGGGGCAACGCCCUCAAUGUGGACGUGGUCAGUCUAGACGGGAGGAUCAGGGCCAUUGUGGCACGUUCAGCCAUCGAUCACCCACCGGUUGAUUGCUUUAUGACGGCGCUUAAAUUUGCUGUCAGGAGGUUCGCUGAAAAUAUGGAUGGCGCAGCAAUGGGAAAGUUACAAGACGACUUGCUACGCGAUGUUGUAGAUGACAUUCGUGAUAAAUUGAGACACCGUUAGGGGUUUCUCUGAUAGAGUACCCCAAUCAAGUCAUUCGCUAGCUCUCUCCUUGAAUCGUGUAACCUCUUUUGAUACCUGUAAGAAGGCACAGUGAUUUCCGCAGCCGGACCCUAUAUCUCGGGAGACGGCAAAACAGGGCAUCUCCACGGCGCUAUCGCCGAAUUGAAAAUGACUGUGCCUUUCGACAGAUCAGAUUUGGAGAUGUCUUGACCACUGGAGCUCCAAGUAUCCUCUGAUUGCUAGUCCUCGCCAGAAAAGGCUCAUAUACCGGUGAGAGAAACUUGAGAACGUACAAGAUUGUAAGCACGCCAUGUUUCUUACUGUUCUCAUUAUAUCUAACCCUUUGCU